CCCAGGCAUUGUGCCCAACCCCCUGCCAUGUGGGAACUGCGGUCAGCCUCCUUCUGGAGGGCCAUAUUUGCUGAGUUCUUCGCCACCCUCUUCUAUGUCUUCUUCGGACUGGGGGCCUCACUGCAUUGGACCCCUGGCUCCCUGCAUGUCCUGCAGGUGGCUCUGGCCUUUGGUCUGGCCCUGGCUACGCUAGUGCAGGCUGUGGGCCAUAUCAGUGGAGCCCAUGUCAACCCUGCAGUCACGUUUGCCUUCCUGGUGGGCUCCCAGAUGUCCCUGCUCCGUGCCUUCUGCUAUAUGGCAGCCCAACUCCUGGGAGCUGUGGCUGGGGCUGCCGUGCUGUAUAGUGUUACCCCGCCUGCUGUCCGAGGAAACCUAGCACUUAACACGUUGUACCCUGGGGUGACUGUGAGCCAGGCCACCACAGUGGAGACCUUCCUGACACUCCAGUUCGUGCUCUGCAUCUUUGCCACAUACGACGAGAGGCGGAAUGGCCGCCUGGGCUCCGUGGCCCUGGCCGUUGGCUUCUCCCUCACCCUGGGGCACCUCUUUGGGAUGUAUUAUACUGGUGCAGGCAUGAACCCUGCCCGCUCCUUUGCUCCUGCCAUUCUCACCAGAAACUUCACCAACCACUGGGUGUAUUGGGUGGGCCCAAUCCUGGGAGGGGGCCUGGGCAGUCUCCUCUACGACUUUCUCCUCUUCCCCCGACUCAAGAGUGUGUCUGAAAGACUGUCUAUUCUCAAGGGUACCAGGCCCAGUGACUCCAAAGGACAAACAGAAGGCACAGGAGAGCCUGUUGAACUGAAGACCCAGGCCCUGUAAAAGCUUCAGUUGGAUAGAGGGAGUAGGAAGCUUCUGGGUUUUGUGGAGGGGCUAAGCCAGUCACUGGAUGAAGAAAGAGACUGUGGGGAGGGGCAUGUAUUUC